CUCCACCACCACGACCACACAUACACACACAUCCACACACACAACACACACACACACACACACACCAUGACCGACAGACAGGACAAAGUCACCCGGACCAACGAGCUUCUGGCAUACCUACAAGGCCCAGGCGAGCGGCUCGGCCCUGCACCCUGCCGCCCUGCGCUGUUUCCAGGCACAAGCGAGGGAGGACGACGACAUGGCAAGGACGACGACAACGACUGCGACUCCGAGUUGGACUCGGACUCGGUGGAGGUUGAUCUGGGCUUUGCUUCGUCGUCGGUGGGCGACUCGUCGGGCGAUGCGGGGAUGAGCAGGUGCUCGUCCGGGCACAGGGUCACCUUUGCUGCAGAUGUCGACGAGUACUCGGCUUCGCACAGGCCCAUGCGGAGGUGGGAAAGCCAGGCACCGGCCGGAUCUCUCAUGGCUGAUGCUGUGCCAAGUCCUGCCACGCUCUCCGCCAAGUACGAGAGCCGGAAGAAUCCCGCAGGCCUCCGCCGGAUGGCCCAAUCGCUGCCGACUCUCGCCCUCGACGGCGAUGCCUAUGCACCGUCAGCAGCAGGGAGCGACUUUGCCGCCUUUGUCUACCAUCCAGAUCGGACUCCGCCGGUUUCGAGCCUGCCGGUCCUCGGCCGCGAGUGGCGCGGGGCUGUAGCCGACAUGCUCGGCCACGAUCACGAAUCGGUCUCGCAGACCAUCAUCGAUCCUCUACCCGACGCAUGGAUCAACUCGUACCUCAAGCAACUUGCCGUCCACCCGCCGCUUCCGCACAUGCUUCCGCGCCGCCCGCCUCCGACACCCAAGGGCGUCGUGCAGAGCUAACCCACGUCGCUGGCAUCGGUGGCGCGGGUGGCGGGCCGCCAGCGGGCC